CAUGGCGCAUAGCGAGAGGAGCACAACAUAGCUGGAUUCUUCUUGUUGCGCAACAAUGGCGUUAGCACUGCCUUCGCUUUCUUCUACUUCUUCUUCGUUUCUGCAGCAAAACUUCACUGGAAGCUCCAAGGGACCCACUUGCAACAACAACAACAACACUUCAAGCUUUUUGGUCUUUGCUCAAAAGAAGGCAAAGAAAAUCCGAAAGAUUAUAUUGAAGGAAGAUGUAGCUGAAGUAGGAAAGAAAGGACAACUUAUUGAUGUUAAAGCUGGUUUCUACAGAAACUAUCUUCUUCCCACUGGAAAGGCACAGAUUGUUACUCCUCUUCUGCUCAAGGAAAUGAAGUUAGAGGAAGAAAGAAUUGAGGCCGAGAAAAGACGGGUAAAAGAAGAGGCACAGCAACUUGCUCGAAUUUUUGAAACAGUUGGGGCUUUCAAGGUGAAGCGGAAAGGUGGUAAAGGAAAACUAAUUUUUGGAAGUGUCACAGCUCAAGAUCUUGUUGACAUUAUCAAGGCGCAGCUUCAAAGGGAGGUGGACAAGAGAAUUGUCGAACUUCCGGAGAUACGAGAAACCGGAGAAUAUAUCGCAGAGUUAAAACUGCAUCCGGAAGUUACAGCGAGAGUAAGGUUGAAUGUCUUUGCUAACUAAAGCACAAGUAUGAAGUUCUAUAUGCUAAUAAUGCACAUUUGGAGCUACCGGCUUGCAUUGGUUCAAGGUAAAUAACCACUGUAUGAAUCUUCAAACAUCAAGCUUUAUGUGAUUUUGUCCCAAAGUUCUAAUAGAGGAAGGAUUUCUAAUGUACUAGUUCAAUGGUUUAUGUUCAUAUUUCCUCUUUGAAUGUGUAUUCAAGUUUUAGGACCUUUGUUUGGAAUGUACUAUUUUCUUGGUAAAGAAUAUGUUUUGACUUUUGACCCUUGGUUAGACAGGUGAAAAUUAAACAUGAAAUGUACUAAGAACCUAUAUAUCUCUCUCUAUCUCA